AUUAAGAGGGAGAUAAAAAUACUGCAGAAUCUUUGUGGAGGGAUAAAUAUUGUGAAGUUGCUUGAUAUUGUUCGAGACCAGCAAUCGAAGACCCCUAGUCUUAUAUUUGAGCAUGUGAACAAUAUUGAUUUUAAAGUUCUUUACCCAACACUUUCAGACUUUGAUAUUCGCUAUUACAUAUAUGAACUUCUAAAGGCAUUGGAUUAUUGCCACUCACAAGGAAUUAUGCAUCGAGAUGUCAAACCUCAUAAUGUGAUGAUUGAUCACGAGCAACGUAAACUUCGUCUUAUAGAUUGGGGCCUUGCUGAGUUUUAUCAUCCUGGGAAAGAGUAUAAUGUUCGUGUUGCUUCGAGAUAUUUUAAAGGUCCAGAACUUCUUGUUGAUUUGCAAGAUUAUGAUUACUCUUUGGACUUGUGGAGUCUUGGUUGCAUGUUUGCAGGAAUGAUUUUCCGAAAGGAGCCAUUCUUCUAUGGACAUGAUAAUUAUGAUCAGCUGGUUAAAAUAGCUAAGGUGUUGGGGACAGAUGAAUUGAACACAUACCUGACUAGGUAUCGAAUAGAAUUGGACCCGCAUCUCUCGGCUCUUGUUGGGAGGCAUAGCCGGAAACCUUGGGCCAAGUUCAUUAAUGUUGAGAAUCAGCAUCUGGCAGUCCCCGAGGCUGUUGACUUCGUUGAUAAAUUGUUACGCUAUGAUCAUCAAGAAAGGCUAACUGCCAAAGAGGCAAUGGCACAUCCAUACUUUUUUCCCAUUAGGAAUGCAGAAAGCAGCAGAACUCGCACCCAGUAAAAAUAUCGAAUUUCCAGGUGGGAGCUGACAACUACUGUGUACCUCUUCUCUCUAAUCUUCUGGUCUCUGUAUUUUUGGCCAUCCUCUGUUAUGUUUAAGAACUUUCAUUUGGUCCACUCGAGGAAUUGCGCCACCCCCUUGUGUGCUGUAAACCCAAGUUAUUUCCCUUUAUUCCCCCCCAAAUAUUUGGCUAAUUGUGAAGUAAUUUUUUCUGUCAGGUUCAUUUUUAAAGCAUUAUUUUCUUAAGCAUUUGAAUGGCUGAUCAUUUUCUGUCAUUAACACCUUCAUUAUCAAAGAUUAUUCCUCUCUCAAGUACUCUUCUAUGGACACGGGUGUUCUGAAUGGGUUGAAUGAAAUUUUGGACCAACUGGGUUGUUGGAUUGUAAGAUUGUGAUCCAAUCACAUGAUUGAA